AGUAGCUUUCUCCUUUCUCCUGAUCGAAGCAAUCCUUCGAGCCCGACACGCGCACUUUCCUUCCCAACUGCCCAGCAUCUACCCCCUCGCAAUGAUGGCCGAAAAACAAGGCGGUAAAACCCAAAUCAGCCCAACAUCGCCCGAGUUUGCGUAUCUCGAAUACAACCUGCAGCUCACGCUGCAUUCCUCCACGGCCAAGAUCGUCAGCGCGUUCGCCAUCUCGAACCCGCACCUGGGCAAUCAGUUCGAAAGGAGAUGCAAGGCAAGCUAUGCGUUGCUCCGCGCCGGCAACUGGCACGAUGGAGUUAAGGGUCAAGGCGGCGACUCGGCAAAGAACCUGCGCAAGGCCAUCUUUUGCCGCAUCGGCGUUGGACGAGCGUACGUCUCCAGCGAGGCUGGAUUGGACAAGAGGGCCAUUCCAGAUGGUUACGAUAGCUUCUACAUCCAUGACGACGACCAGUCGAACAGCAACUCUGUCACCAGCGAGGGAUACUACCAUGAGUACUAUCUCAAAUCUUCGGCGCAGGUCUUGCCCCAGUAUCUGAUUCACUACGACUACGACGCCAGGCGGGAAGUGGCCUCGCGCGAGAAAUCCAAGUGCGACAAUUGUGAGAAGGAGGCCGCCGUCGUUUACUGCCAGUCCGACGCUGCCAACUUGUGCCAAGAUUGCGAUGCCCAACUCCACGUUUCCAAGCUGGCCUCGCGGCAUGUUCGCACGCUGAUCGGGAAGGGUGCCGAUGUCUUUGGACACUGCCGUCACCACCCCGAGAAGAAGAUCGAGUUCUUUUGCAGCCAAUGUCAUGUUCCAGUCUGCGUCUACUGCAAGAUGGUUGGCAAUCAUGCCAACGGAGAGGCGGCCAAGCAUCAGCUCGUCAGCGUCUCGGAGGCAUACCACACGGUGCUGGAGGAGGCUCAGGCGCACGAUCCGAUUUUGCAUGCCCGCAGGUCCGAAAUCACCAACCAAAUCGCCUGCAUCAAUGCGCGUGCCAGGGCUGUUGAGAAAAUGGCCUGUGUGAUCGAAGGACAGAUUGAGGAGAUUUACAAGAAAGCGAUGCUGGAGCUCAAGACUGCCGCCCAGAAUAAGCUCAACGUUCUGCUCGGCGAUGAAGUCGAACUCAAACGGCAGUUUGGCGAGAUUGCGAUGCUGGAGGAGUUUCUGAAGUACCAGCAGUCUGGCGAGGCCACCCAGUUCCUCUUCAGCUGGGUCAGGCACCAGCAGCUCCGCUCCGAGCUGCACGACUUUAAAUUCUUCCGCGAAGACAUUGAUGUCGCACUGGACCUGAAGGUUGUCGGUGGCAUCACGAUUGCGACGGAGGAAAGCUUCAACUCUACUCCAGGGCCGCAUUCACCGGCCGUCCCCUCGGGCUCGCCCAGCAAGUGGGCAAAGUCCAAUGCAAACCUCAGCCCCGUAAAAGAUGACUUUUUCGCAGAGACCCUGGGGACAUUUGACCAACUGAGCAUGAAUAUUGCCCCUUCGGCCGAAGAUCUUGGUUAUGGCGGCUAUGACGACGCCAGCUCCGUCAAUGACGAAUGA